GUUACAAAAGAUAAUAAUAGAUAUUUGUAAUCGAUAACUUGCAAAGUGAUUGCAUUGGUUUCAACGAAAGCAGAAAUGGAGGCUCUAUUGUGUAGGAAAUUGGGUGAUCCAACAUUGGAUAAUUCAUCGAUCGAGGUGAGUAAAAGUGUGCCAAUUCCAGAAUUGAAGUCUCCAACAGAUGUUAGAAUCAAAGUGAAAGCCUGCAGCUUGAAUUACGCAAAUUACCUCCAAAUUUUGGGUAAAUAUCAGGAGAAAUAUCCCUUGCCUUUCAUCCCUGGAUCUGAUUAUUCUGGGAUUGUGGAAGCAGUGGGUUCCAAUGUUUCCAAUUUCAAAGUGGGAGAUCCUGUUUGUUCCGUUGCAAAUGUUGGUUCUUUUGCCCAGUACAUCGUUGCUGAUCAGUCUGAAUUGUUUCUAGUGCCCAAGGACUGUGACUUGCUGGCUGCUGGAGCUCUACCUGUUGCUUUUGGAACUUCACAUGUAGCCCUCGUUCAUAGGGCUCAGCUGACCUCUAAACAGGUCUUGCUAGUUCUUGGUGCCGCUGGAGGUGUUGGCUUUUCUGCUGUACAAAUUGGCAAGGUUCUUGGGGCCACUGUUAUUGCCGUUGCUAGGGGAGCUGAAAAGAACAAAUUUUUGAAGUCACUGGGCGCUGAUUAUGUUGUAGACUUGAUCUAUGAGAAUGUCAUUGAAAGUGUCAAAAAGUUCCUCAAGUCAAGGAAUCUGAAAGGGGUUGAUGUUCUUUAUGAUCCUGUUGGAGGGAAGCUUACUAAAGAUUGCAUGAAGCUUUUGAAUUGGGGCGCUCAAAUCUUGAUAAUUGGCUUUGCAAGUGGGGACAUCCCUGUCAUCCCUGCUAAUAUUGCUCUUGUGAAGAACUGGACAAUACAUGGUCUUUACUGGGGUAGCUACAGAAUACAUCAACCUGGUGUUCUUGAAGACAGUCUUAAGGAGUUACUGUCAUGGAUGUCUAGGGACUUGAUAACUGUCCACAUUUCUCGUGCUUACAGCCUUUCAGAGGCCAGGCUUGCGUUUUCUGCCAUUAAAGAUAGGAAAGCAGUCGGGAAAGUGAUGUUUACAUUGGAUGACUUGAAUGGUGUAAGGUCUAAGCUUUAAGAUGAUCAGAACACAGCUGGAGUGCUAUGGAGAAUGUUUCAUUUGCUUGUGUAAAUUGUUCGAAUCCCGUCAGCUAUACCAGAUACAGUGCAUUGCGGUUAUUAUUCAUAAAUAGUUUGAAGCAUAAUGAUGCAAGUCGCUGGUAAACAAGGGUAUUAUAAAUAAAUUUAUCCGAUGCAGUUGAUGUUAAAUAAUGGAAACCAAGAAUUAUAAUGA